CAUGUAUCAUAUUUACUUAAAAUGACAUUUAUGUUUUCAUUCAAGUUACGAUGAAUUUAACACCUUCCCAAAACAUUGGAAUAAUUCAAAAUGCAUAAUAUCCAAUCUUCAUUCAUUAAUAACGUGUUACAGGAUUGAUAAAAAUUAUUUGGGAAAAUUGUUACAUGGCAUACAAAGUCGUACAUUUAAAUUCAUAGAAUGGAAAUUAUCAGGACCCCAAAGGUCGAAAAUGUUCGGAUGCUGGACAGGUACAACAGCCGGAAGCCUUCAAAAGGAACACUGUACAUUACAGCAACUCAUUUAAUAUUUGUGGAUCCUGAUGCGAAAAAUGAAACAUGGAUAUUACACACACAUAUUGCAGCAGUAGAACGAUUACCGUUGAGUACUACAGGAUGCCCACUUCAAAUUCGAUGCAAAACAUUCCAAUCAGUAAUAUUUCUUAUAAGAAAAGAAAACGAUAGCCAUGACGUUUAUAAUACUUUGUUGCAAUUAGCCCAACCUGUUUCUAUCGAUGAUCUGUAUUGCUUCCAGUACACCAUAAAUAAAAAUGAUAUGCAUAAGAGCGAAGGUUGGAAUUAUUUUAAUUUAGAGGAUGAAUUUAAAAGAAUGAAUGUUCCAAAUGAUGAAUGGAUUUACACAGAUUUAAAUGAAAAUUAUGAGCUAUGUGAUACUUAUCCUAAUUGUUUGUAUGUGCCUGCUAACAGCACAAUAAAUAUGUUACAAGGAAGUGCAAAAUUUCGAUCCAAAGGAAGAUUACCGGUUCUCACAUAUUUACACAAGAACAAGGCUUCAAUAUGCAGAUGCAGUCAACCUUUAUCAGGUUUCAGUGCACGAUGUCCUGAGGAUGAACAAUUAUUAAACUGUAUACUAGAAACUAAUCCUUCAUCUACAUAUAUGUAUGUUGUGGAUACUAGGCCUCGGAUAAAUGCAAUGGCAAAUAGAGCUGCUGGUAAAGGAUAUGAAAAUGAAGUAUUUUAUGAAAAUAUUAAAUUCAAGUUCUUUGGUAUUGAAAAUAUUCACACAAUGAGAGCCAGUUUAUUGAAAUUAAUGGAAAUGUGUGAACAAAAGCUCCCUACCAUGUCUUCAUUCUUAUCAGGGUUGGAGAGUUCUGGAUGGCUUAAGCAUAUAAAAAGUAUAUUGGACACAUCUCGUUUUAUCGCUCAAGCAGUUUCAUCUGGGCAAACGGUCUUGGUACAUUGUUCGGAUGGCUGGGAUAGAACAGCUCAAGUGUGCUCUAUAGCUAGUAUAUUAUUAGAUCCAUACUACAGGACAAUUGAGGGAUAUCAGACUCUGAUUGAAAAAGAUUGGUUAGCUUUUGGUCAUAAGUUUACUGAUAGAUGUGGUUUCUUGAAAGGUGAACCGAAGGAAGUUGCACCUGUUUUUACGCAAUUAUUAGAUGCCACUUGGCAACUCUGUAAUUCAGCUCCUCAUGCCUUUGAAUUUACAGAGCGCUUUUUAUUUAUUUUACAUGACCAUGUCAUGUCUUGCCAAUUUGGAACUUUUGUUGGAAAUUGUGAGAAAGAUAGGCUCAAUCUGAAAUUAUCAGAAAGAACAUUUUCGCUUUGGGGUUAUAUGCAGAAACACAGGAAUGAAUAUUUAAAUCCACUGUACAAAGCAGAGAAUGUCAUAGAUUUACUUGAUGUUGAUUUUAUACCACAGAAUAUUAUGUUUUGGUCAGGAAUGUAUAAUCGAUUUGAAAAUGGUGUUCACCCUAGAGAACCCUUAGGUGAUCAUUUGUUAUCGCAAACUGAUCACACUGCAUCAUUGAAAGAUCAUGCAGCUUAUUUGAAAAAGAGCAUAUCCUAUUUCAAGACGCUGCUCACAACAGAUUUGAUUAAUAGAGUUGGUUUGAACACUAAAACUGAAGAAAGUAAAGUGGAAAAUAAAUCCCAAUAUGAAGCAAAGUCUAUGAGUCAACUCAUAGAUGAGGAGUCAGACACCUCACAUACAAAUAAUUCAAAUGAAACUGAAAAUUCAUCUCAAGCCACCAGUUCUCAAGAUGAUCAGUUAUCUACAGCCAUUGAUUCUGUCGCUCUUGAUUGGAAAACAUUACGCAAUAUUAAUCAGUGCAUUUGCUCAACACCAUUUGAUCAUAAUAGCGUAAAGUAUCAUUGUUAUAAAUGUGGUGAUGUUUUCUGCACACGCUGUAUGGCGCUCAAAAGUCCUUUACCAGGCCAUGAUAGUAACAAGCCAGUUUCUGUUUGUCGAAGUUGUUACAAGGAAUUGCAGAGAUCAACAUCUAUAGAUACACCAUAAAUACUAAAAUAUUGAAACAAUAAUAUACAAUGCAAUAAUUAAUAGGCAAGCAAUAACUUACCUAAUUUGUC